GGGGCUUCCGGGCUUCCGGUCCCUCUUCCUGAGGCCUGGGUUUCCGGGACGUGCGCGCCGUGUGGGGCGCGCACGCAGGGCUGGGCGUGAGGGGGCGUGCGCGUGCGCAGGCGACGCGCCGAGGGAGUAGGCAGAGUCGUGGAGCCGCCGCCAGGUCGCUGUCGGUCCACGCCGCCCGUCGCGCUGCCCGCCCGCUCAGCGUCCGCCGCCGCCAUGGGAGUGCAGGUGGAAACCAUCUCCCCAGGAGACGGGCGCACCUUCCCGAAGCGCGGCCAGACCUGCGUGGUGCACUACACCGAUGAGUGUGGGUCAGAGAGCCAAACUGACUAUAUCUCCAGAUUAUGCCUAUGGUGCCACUGGGCACCCAGGCAUCAUCCCACCACAUGCCACUCUCGUCUUCGAUGUGGAGCUUCUAAAACUGGAAUGACAGGAAUGGCCUCCUCCCUUAGCUCCUUGUUGUUGGAUCUGCCAUGGAGGGAUCUGGUGUCUCCAGACGUGUGCACAUGAAUCCAUAUGGAGCUUUUCCUGAUGUUCCACUCCACUUUGUAUAGACAUCUGCCCUGACUGAAUGUGUUCUGUCACUCAGCUUUGCUUCUGACACCUCCGUUUCCUCUUCCCCUUUCUCCUCGUAUGUGUGUUUACCUAAACUAUAUGCCAUAAACCUCAAGUUAUUCAUUUUAUUUUGUUUUCAUUUUGGGGUGAAGAUUCAGUUUCAGUCUUUUGGAUAUAGGUUUCCAAUUAAGUACAUGGUCAAGUAUUAACAGCACAAGUGGUAGGUUAACUUUAGAAUAGGAAUUGGUGUUGGGGGGGGUUGCAAGAAUAUUUUAUUUUAAUUUUUUGGAUGAAAUUUUUAUCUAUUAUAUAUUAAACAUUCUUGCUGCUGCGCUGCAAAGCCAUAGCAGAUUUGAGGCGCUGUUGAGGACUGAAUAUUCUCCAAGUUGAGAGAUGUCCUUGGGUUAAAUUAAAAGCCCUACCUAAAACUGAGGUGGGGAUGGGGAGAGCCUUUGCCUCCACCAUUCCCACCCACCCUCCCCUUAAACCCUCUGCCUUUGAAAGUAGAUCAUGUUCACUGCGAUGCUGGACACUACAGGUAUCUGUCCCUGGGCCAGCAGGGACCUCUGAAGCCUUCUUUGUGGCCUGACUUAUUAUUAUUAUUUUUUUCAUCCUGUGGUUUUUCUAAUGGACUUUCAGGAAUUUUAUAAUCUCAUAACUUUCCAAGCUCCACCACUUCCUAAAUCUUAAGAACUUUAAUUGACAGUUUCAAUUGAAGGUGCUGUUUGUAGACUUAACAACCAGUGAAAGCCCAGCCAUCAUGACAAAUCCUUGAAUGUUCUCUUAAGAAAAUGAUGCUGGUCAUCGCAGCUUCAGCAUCUCCUGUUUUUUGAUGCUUGGCUCCCUCUGCUGAUCUCAGAGUUUCCUGGCUUUUCCUCCCUCAGCCCCUUCUCACCCCUUUGCUGUCCUGUGUAGUGAUUUGGUGAGAAAUCGUUGCUGCACCCUUCCCCCAGCACCAUUUAUGAGUCUCAAGUUUUAUUAUUGCAAUAAAAGUGCUUUAUGCCGGCUUUUCUCA